AUAAUUGUUUGUUUGUAACAUUGCCAUCAGUGCCAUUGCCCUUAUGAUUGUGUUUAAAUAGUCUCAGAUUUAUAGCUAUUCAUAUUUUUUUUAUUUCAUUAUUAGAACUAGUGAUAUUUACACAACUUUAUUUUGGUUCGAUUACUAUUCACUCCUUACCAAAUUAUAUCAAUUAAGUUUUAAGAAAUUCCGGACCAUUAGUUUUUAACUUUUUAAAUACUUAUUCUGUUGACUAUCUAUUUCAAACAAUCAUAAUGGUUAAAAAAAUAACAAAGCGUGUAACAAGUCAAAAUAUUAACCAAUUCUUCCGGUCUCCUCAAGCUUCUAUAAAGAAAUACUGUACUGAAAAACCUAAAGUAAAAUUUGUUGAAGAUGUGAGUAGAGAUAUGCCAUUAAUAUCUGAUACAACUUAUAACUCUAAAGUAGAUGUUAACCAAUCACCACCAUCUAAAUUAAAUAGUAGCCACCAUAAAAUAAGUUUGAAUGUAAAACAUAUUAAUGACCCGACCAAUAAUAAACAACAAAAAGUUACGGCAUUCUUUCCAAUUCGGCGAAGUGCUCGAAAAACAAAAAAUAUUGUCAAUGAAGAAAAGCAAAGAGCUUUAGAAAAAGCAAUUAUAUCUGAAAAUGAGGAUGAUUUAAAAGUAACUUUAUUUCCUGAUAAGGGUCGUGGUAUAAUAGCUGGUCGAGAUUUCUUUAGGGGAGAAUUUGUUGUUGAAUAUGCUGGUGAAUUAGUUACCAUUCAAGAAGCUCGUAAUAGAGAAAUUUUAUAUUCUCAAGAUCCUACUACUGGUUGUUAUAUGUAUUAUUUUAAGUAUGGUUCAAUUCAUUACUGUAUUGAUGCUACUGCCGAGAGUAAAAGACUUGGACGUUUGGUAAACCAUUCAAGAUUUGGUAAUUUGGGACCAAAAAUUGUAGUUCUGUCUGGAAUACCUAAAAUUAUUUUAGUUGCUAAAAAUGACAUAAAACAAGGUGAAGAACUGACUUAUGACUAUGGUGAUCGCAGUAAAGAAUCUUUAUUAAAUCACCCAUGGCUUGCUUGUUGACUAUUGUACUGUAUCUAACUAUUUUAUUAUCAUUACUAUCAUCAACAUAAUGGAAUUAGUAUUUUAAACUACAACUACACUGCCUAUAAAAUAAUUUUGUAUAAAUUUUACUUAAAUAAAUCUCACAAAUAAAAAAUUAAUAUGCAUAUUUUUAAUUACUUUGAAUUAUAUUUUUAUAAAAGUGGUAAUAGUUAAGUUGAUUUUUUGUUUUUAAUUAAAAAAUUAAUUUGAGUGUUCUCAAUUAAUUACUCUUAUCAAUCUACUAGAGCUACAAACUAUAUAUUUGUCUGUUUGGAGGGCAGAUUAUUUCUGAUACGGAAAUUUUGAAUUUUGAUUAGUAACAGAGUAAUUCUGUCCUUCUCACCGACAAUUUUACCCCAGCUACAUAACUAUUAGUUAUAAACAUAUUAGAAUGUAUCAUUAGAAUAACCAGGGUUUAAGUUAAAAAUUUUGAUACUAAACAUUUUUAAUCAAUUGUUCAUUAUUUGUGUCUGAUUAAGUA